GUAGCAAGUAGACGAAUCAAUAUUGAAAUUCAUUCUCUUUGGAAACGUUCCUUCUAUUUAUAUUCCAAAAUGUCGACGAAAACAGUGCCGAAUGUUGAUCUUGGUAAUGGUUACACUAUUCCUGCACUGGGUUAUGGAACGUACUUGGCGAAGAAAGGGCAAGGAGUUGACCUAGUGAAGAAGGCAAUCGACGCAGGUUAUCGGCACAUCGAUACUGCUCUAAUGUACGAAAAUGAAGUUGAAGUAGGUGAAGGGAUCAGAGCGAAAAUUGUCGAUGGAGUUAUCAAGCGGGAUGAUGUCUUCGUAACUACUAAGCUGUGGAACACAUUCCACCACCCGGACCACGUGGCCGAAUCUUUCCAACGGUCGUUCGAUAUGCUCAACCUGGAGUACAUCGAUCUGUACCUGAUGCACUCGCCAAUGGGAUUGGAAUUUCAAGGACAUGAAUACUCGAAUUUGCAACCGACGGAUGCCGAGGGCAACUCCCUGUUCUCGGAUGUGGAUUACGUUGAAACUUGGAAGGCGAUGGAAAAGCUGGUGAAGAGUGGAAAAGUUCGAAACAUUGGGUUGUCCAAUUUCAACAGCGAGCAAAUCAAGCGAAUCCUGGAGGUGGCGGAGAUCAAACCGGUCAACAAUCAGAUUGAGGUCAACCCUGGAUGGAAUCAGAAAAAACUGAUUGAAUUUUGCCAGAGCCAUGACAUAACGGUUACAGCGUUUGGCCCGAUGGGCAGACCUCAUCGGACUACCUACGGUAACAAAUCGGCCCUCGGUGAUGCAAAGGUUCAGGAGAUUGGACAGAAAUACGGCAAGACUGAUGGUCAAGUUAUUUUGAGAUACUUGAUUCAACUGGGCACUAUUCCGAUCCCGUACUCAACCAACGAGGAGCGAAUCCAACAGAAUAUCGAUGUGUUUGAUUUUGAAUUGACUGAUGAGGAAAUGCAGUACAUGGAUACGUUCCAGUCGGAGAGGACGCUUCCGUUUCCGCCUUUGAAAAAGCACAAAUAUUACCCAUUUGAUAUUGAAUUUUGAAUGUAUAGCUGAGUGUGUUUUUUUUUUGGAUGCGAUGU